CUGAGAUACAUCCCCAGCCCAAUGCUUUUUAUUGAUAUUCCUAAAAAUUUAAAAACAAUUUUUUAUUAACUUGUUGCAGUCUCACACAUUUUGUGAGAAUCCAGAAAUAGUUUAGUAAAAUGAUUGCAAUUUAUAUCACCAUAGUAAAAUAUACCAAUUACUAUCUUUUAUGAAUGAGAUAAAGUGAUCUUAACAAUAUCUAAUUAUCAUAUAUAUGUGUGUGUGCAUAUAUGUAUAUGUGUAUAUAUAUAUGUAUGCACACACAUUAUAUAUAUAUAUAUGUAUAUAUAUACAUAUACACACACACAUUCAUAUGUGUCUGUGUUUUCUGAAAUGUAUAAAUAUAUAGUAGGUCCAAUUAUAGUACUGGGUAUAUAUAAAUCUAAAAAAACAAUAGAUAGAUAAUUCCGUGUAAAUUUUUUAUUAGGCUUAUAUAUUCCUGCUAACGAUAGCAUAAAUUUAACACUUACCACUCUUUUCUAGGAUAAGAGUCUUUUUAUUUGUAUUGAGAUUUAGCCAUGUAUAGUUUUAUGGUUUAUAUGUCCUCCUCAUUCCUUUUUCAAGAAAACUUCUGAAUAUGUGUUAGACUGUGAGUUUUAAUAAUGAUAGAUAUAACCAAGUUUUCCAUGUGUAAACCAUCAUUUUCACUUACGAGUAUUAGCUGGCAUCACUAGAGGUGUUGCUUCUUAGUAGCUGAGGAUCCUGUAUGCAUCCAUUGUUGGUGUGCACAAUUACUUUGUAGCCCAUUCUCUUAGCAUGUUCAGUUAUUUACCUUUGACUCCAUAAUACCAUUUGGUGGAUUUUCCAUCUAAUCUUCAGCUGAAGCUCUUUAAACCACAUUUUCUACCAUAAAUUAUUAUUUUUUUUUUUGGCAGGGUUACAAGGUAUUGAACUCAGGGGUACUCAACCAUGGAGCAAAAUCCCCAGUCCUAGUUUGUAUUUUAUUUAGAUACAGGGUCUCACUAAGUUGCUUAGUGCUGGGAUUACAGGAAUGUGCCACCACACCCAGAUAUAAAUUACCUUUACCACUGUAACCCCAGAGCAGAGGCCUGCUACUCUGUUAACUCACUUCACCCAUAUGCCAUCCAGGAUUCAUUCCUUGAUGAGGAAUGAAUUCUCAUCUGGGUGAACGAACAUAUAUUACUCUUGACUUGCUGCUUUUCUCUGCUGAAUGUGGGUAUGUCUUUAGGUGGAUUACUUUUCUUUUCCAUGAGUCAAUGCCAUAAGAUCUAGAAGAAAUAUAUCUAACAGAGUUUAAGAUAUUGAUAGAGGUAUUGGUGCCCUCUCUCAAUAAUCCCUGUCCUCCAUAGAGUUUUUGCAGAAAGGUGCAACUUAGACUUCUUGUUGUUCAUUUUAGUUAUAUAUGACGGUUGGGUGUAUUUUGACAUAUUAAACAUACAUGGAGUACAACUUCCCAUUUUUCUGGUUGUACAUAAUGUGGAAUUACAUUGGUUGUGUAUUCACAUAUGAAUACAGGAAAAUAAUGUCCAGUUUAUUGCACUAUCUUUCAUAUUCCCAUUCCCCUUCCCUUUACUUCAUUCUCCUUUGUCUAAUCCAAAGUACUCCUUAUUGUGAGUUAGCAUCCACACAUCAGAAAGAACAUUUGGACUUUGUUUUUUUCGGGAUUGGCUUCCACUUAGCAUGCUAGUCUCCAGUUCUAUCCAUUCACUCACAAAUGUCAUAACUUCAUUUCUCUUUAUGGCUGAAUAAUAUUCCAUUGGGUGUGUAUGUAUAUACCACAUUUUCUUUAUUAUUUCAUCUUUUGAAGGGCACCGAGGCUGGUUCUACAGCUUAGCUACUGUGAAUUGAGCUGCCAUGAAUAUUGAUAUGGCAGUGUCCCUAUAGUAUGCUGAUUUUAAGUCCUUUGGGUAUACACUGAUGAAUGAGAUAACUAGGUUAAAUGGAGGCUCUGUUCUAAGUUUUCUGAGAGAAAUUUUCAUACUGCUUUUCAAAGUGGUUGCACCAAUUUGCAGUCCCACUAGCAAUGUAUGAGUGUACCUUUUCCCCCAUAUCUUCACCAAUAUUUAUUGUAACUUGUAUUAUUUAUAAUUGCCAUUCUGACUGGAAUGAGGUGAAAUCUCAAUGUAGUUUUAUUUUUUUUCUCUUUUUAAAUUGAUUUUAAAAAAAUGACAGCAGAAUUCAUUAUAAUUCUUCUUAUGCAUAUACAGCACAAUUUUUCAUAAUGAAAAUUAUCCCCAUUAAAACAUCUCAAACUUUUAACAAAUGUUUUACAAAUUGACUCUGACAUAACUGGGGGCUACAUUCAUUGCUAUGAUAUGAAUGCUGGUGAAAUAAUUAUUAAGAAUGUCUGCUAUUAUACACUUAUUCAAUCUUUUCUUAGUUCAGGAAGUACUGACUGUGGAUGGAAAACCCAAGAAGGAAUCUGUAGUUAAUAAAACAGCUUGAGGUGAAGAAAGUAAAAAAUCUUAAUGGGAAAGGUUCUUCUACAUUGACCCACACUACCUCCACUGGUGAGUUAGAGGAGCAUAACAGGACUACCACUGGUGCUAUUGCUGUUGCUAGCACACCUGCAGAUGUUACUGUAUCCAGUGUUACAGCUGUCACCAUCCAUAGACUUUCCGAGGAACAGCGAAUGCAAGUUACGAAUCUCAGAAAUUCAGGUCUGGACCCCAACACGUCCAAGGAUGGGCUCGCUUCUCAUCAAGCAGAUACACAAAGUACAAGGAGAAGACCAAGAAAUGCUGAACAGAUAGAAAGAACUAAAGAGCUUGCAGUUGUUACUCAUAGAGUGAAAAAGGCCAUAGAUUUUAAAUCUAGAGGAUUUAAAUUGUUUCCAGGGAAAGACAACAGCAACAAGUUUUCUAUCUUAAAUGAGGGAGGUAUUAAAACAGCUUCCAAUUUAUGUCCAGAUCCAGGAGAACCAGAAAAUGGGAAGAGACUUGGAUCAGAUUUUAGCCUUGGAUCAACUGUUCAGUUCUCUUGUGAUGAAGAUUAUGUCCUCCAGGGGGCAAAGAGUAUCACCUGUCAACGGAUAGCUGAAGUUUUUGCUGCUUGGAGUGACCACAGGCCUGUGUGUAAAGUGAAGACAUGUGGCUCUAAUCUUCAAGGACCAAGUGGCACCUUUACGUCUCCCAACUUUCCAUUCCAGUAUGACAGCAAUGCCCAGUGCGUCUGGGUCAUCACAGCAGUGAACACAAAUAAGGUUAUACAGAUAAAUUUUGAAGAAUUUGAUCUGGAGAUUGGCUAUGAUACCUUGACAAUUGGUGAUGGAGGUGAAGUUGGAGACCCCAGGACAGUACUUCAAGUGUUGACUGGAAGCUUUGUACCAGACCUUAUAGUGAGCAUGAGUAGCCAAAUGUGGCUGCACCUUCAAACAGAUGAAAGUGUUGGAUCUGUUGGCUUCAAGGUUAACUACAAAGAAAUUGAAAAAGAAAGUUGUGGUGAUCCUGGUACACCUUUAUAUGGAAUUAGAGAAGGUGAUGGAUUUUCUAAUCGUGAUAUUUUAAGGUUCGAAUGCCAGUUUGGGUUUGAAUUAAUUGGAGAGAAAUCCAUUGUUUGUCAAGAGAAUAACCAAUGGUCUGCAAACAUACCCAUCUGUAUCUUUCCUUGUCUCUCUAACUUUACUGCACCUAUGGGAACAGUUCUUUCUCCUGAUUACCCAGAAGGUUAUGGAAAUAAUUUAAAUUGCAUCUGGACAAUAAUCUCUGACCCAGGAAGUCGGAUACACCUUUCUUUCAAUGACUUUGAUCUGGAAUCCCAGUUUGACUUUCUUGCUGUUAAAGAUGGUGACUCUCCAGAUUCCCCAAUUCUUGGAACCUUUACUGGGGCUGAGGUGCCUUCCCAUCUUACAAGUAAUAGUCAUAUUCUUCGAUUGGAAUUUCAAGCUGACCAUUCAAUGUCAGGACGUGGAUUCAACAUUACUUACAACACAUUUGGACACAAUGAGUGCCCUGAUCCUGGAAUACCAAUUAAUGCAAGGCGGUUUGGGGACAACUUUCAAUUAGGAAGUUCAAUUUCAGUUAUUUGUGAAGAAGGAUUUAUAAAAACCCAGGGAACAGAAACAAUUACAUGUAUUCUGAUGGAUGGAAAAGUAAUGUGGAGUGGACCAAUUCCAAGAUGUGGAGCUCCAUGUGGUGGCCAUUUUUCAGCUCCAAGUGGAGUGAUUCUCUCACCGGGAUGGCCAGGAUACUAUAAAGACUCUUUGAAUUGUGAGUGGGUUAUUGAAGCUGAACCUGGACACUCUAUCAAAAUUACAUUUGAAAGAUUUCAGACUGAACUGAAUUAUGAUGUUCUGGAAGUUCAUGAUGGACCAAAUCUUCUCUCACCCUUGCUUGGAUCUUACAAUGGCACACAGGUGCCCCAGUUCCUAUUCAGUAGCAGUAAUUUCAUAUACCUACUCUUUACAACAGACAACAGUCGUUCUAAUAAUGGUUUUAAGAUUCAUUAUGAAAGUGUUACAGUAAAUACAUAUUCUUGUUUGGACCCUGGCAUACCUGUACAUGGCCUUCGUUAUGGUCAUGAUUUCUCCAUUGGAUCUACUGUUUCAUUUAGUUGUGAUCCAGGAUACAGGUUGAGUCAUGAAGAGCCCCUGCUAUGUGAAAAAAACCACUGGUGGAGUCAUCCACUCCCAACCUGUGAUGCAUUGUGUGGAGGAGAUGUUAGAGGGCCAAGUGGAACAAUCUUAUCACCUGGUUACCCAGAAUUUUAUCCAAAUUCUCUGAAUUGCACAUGGACUGUUGAUGUAACCCAUGGAAAAGGUGUGCAAUUCAACUUUCACACUUUUCAUUUGGAAGACCAUCAUGACUACUUACUGAUCACAGAGAAUGGUAGUUUUACUCAACCGCUGGCACGCUUGACUGGUUCAGAACUUCCUUCAACAAUCAAUGCUGGUCUCUAUGGAAAUUUCAGAGCCCAACUGCGCUUCAUUUCAGAUUUUUCAAUAUCGUAUGAAGGAUUCAACAUUACAUUUUCUGAAUAUAACCUUGAGCCUUGUGAAGACCCUGGAAUUCCCCAAUAUGGUAACCGAAUUGGGUUCAACUUUGGGGUUGGUGACACUCUGACCUUCUCAUGCUCAUUGGGUUAUCGACUGGAAGGAACAUCAGAGAUUAUCUGUCUUGGUGGUGGACGGCGAGUGUGGAGUGCACCUCUGCCAAGGUGUGUGGCUGAAUGUGGUGCAUCUGCAACAAAUAAUGAAGGAAUUUUGCUCUCUCCAAAUUAUCCACUCAACUAUGAAAACAACCAUGAAUGCAUUUAUAGUAUUCAGGUUCAAGCAGGAAAGGGGAUCAAUAUUUCAGCCAGAACAUUUCAUUUAGCACAAGGAGAUGUUCUUAAGAUUUAUGAUGGAAAAGAUAAAACAACACAUCUACUGGGUGCAUUCACUGGUGCAUCUAUGCGAGGACUGACACUUAGUAGUACUUCAAAUCAACUCUGGUUAGAAUUUAAUUCUGAUUCUGAAGGAACAGAUGAAGGUUUUCAACUUGUCUAUACCAGUUUUGAACUUUCACAUUGUGAAGAUCCUGGCAUUCCACAAUUUGGAUACAAGAUCAGUGACCAAGGCCACUUUGCUGGUAGCACUAUCAUUUAUGGAUGCAAUCCAGGCUACACUCUGCAUGGAAGCAGCCUUCUGAAGUGCAUGACAGGGGAGAGAAGGGCAUGGGACUAUCCUCUGCCUUCCUGUAUUGCUGAAUGUGGAGGUCGUUUUAAAGGAGAAUCAUCAGGAAGAAUCUUAUCUCCUGGUUACCCUUUUCCAUAUGACAAUAAUCUGCGUUGCAUGUGGAUGAUUGAGGUAGAUCCAGGAAACAUUGUCAGCCUGCAGUUUCUUGCUUUUGAUACGGAAGCAUCACAUGACAUACUACGAGUUUGGGAUGGUCCACCAGAAAAUGAGAUGCUUUUAAAGGAAAUUAGUGGAUCUCUCAUUCCUGAAGGAAUUCACAGCACCCUCAACAUAGUAACCGUUCAGUUUGAUACAGAUUUUUAUAUCAGUAAAUCUGGAUUUGCAAUUCAGUUUUCAAGUUCAGUUGCCACUGCAUGUCGUGACCCAGGCAUUCCCAUGAAUGGGACUCGAAAUGGAGAUGGAAGAGAACCUGGGGACACUGUGGUUUUUCAAUGUGACCCUGGAUAUGAACUUCAAGGACAGGAAAGAAUAACCUGCAUUCAGGUAGAAAAUCGAUACUUCUGGCAGCCCAGCCCACCAGUCUGUAUAGCACCCUGUGGAGGCAAUUUAACAGGAUCUUCAGGCUUUAUUCUUUCGCCAAACUUUCCUCAUCCAUAUCCACAUAGCAGGGACUGUGACUGGACUAUCACCGUCAAUUCUGACUAUGUUAUCUCCUUGGCAUUCAUCAGUUUUAGCAUAGAACCAAAUUAUGACUUUCUCUAUAUAUAUGAUGGACCAGACAGUAAUAGUCCACUGAUUGGAAGUUUUCAAGACAGCAAGUUACCAGAGAGAAUAGAAAGCAGUUCAAAUACUAUGCAUUUGGCUUUUCGGAGUGAUGGAUCUGUUAGUUACACUGGAUUUCAUCUAGAAUACAAAGCAAAACUCCGGGAGUCCUGCUUUGAUCCAGGCAACAUAAUGAAUGGUACCAGACUUGGGAUGGAUUAUAAAUUAGGAUCAACAGUCACCUAUUACUGUGAUGCUGGCUAUGUUCUUCAAGGUUAUUCGACACUCACCUGUAUUAUGGGAGAUGAUGGAAGACCUGGAUGGAACAGAGCUCUACCCAGUUGUCAUGCACCCUGCGGAAGCCGUUCAACAGGUUCAGAAGGCACUGUUCUAUCCCCAAACUAUCCAAAAAAUUACAGUGUGGGACACAACUGUGUUUAUUCUAUAGCAGUUCCCAAGGAGUUUGUGGUGUUUGGCCAGUUUGUAUUUUUCCAGACAUCACUCCACGAUGUUGUUGAGGUGUUUGAUGGGCCAACUCAGCAAUCUUCUCUGUUAUCUUCCCUCUCAGGAUCCCAUUCAGGAGAAUCACUUCCACUGAGUUCAGGUAAUCAGAUCACAAUUCGAUUUACUUCAGUUGGACCAAUAACAGCUAAGGGAUUUCACUUUGUUUAUCAAGCUGUUCCUAGAACAAGUUCUACACAAUGCAGUUCUGUUCCUGAACCAAGAUUCGGAAGAAGAAUUGGCAAUGAAUUUGCAGUGGGUUCCUUGGUUCUUUUUGAAUGUAAUCCAGGAUAUAUUCUCCAUGGAUCCAUAGCAAUUAGGUGUGAUACAGUGCCCAAUUCUUUGGCCCAGUGGAAUGAUUCUUUACCUACCUGUAUUGUGCCCUGUGGGGGAAUUUUAACUAAACGUAAAGGGACUAUUUUGUCUCCUGGAUAUCCUGAGCCUUAUGACAACAAUCUAAAUUGUGUAUGGAAGAUCACAGUACCAGAGGGAGCUGGCAUUCAAGUGCAAGUUGUUAGCUUUGCUACAGAACAUAAUUGGGAUUCUCUGGACUUCUAUGAUGGUGGAGACAAUAAUGCUCCAAGACUUGGAAGUUAUUCAGGAACAACAAUACCCCAUCUUUUGAAUAGUACAUCUAAUAAUUUAUAUCUAAAUUUUCAAUCAGACAUCAGUGUGUCUGCUGCAGGAUUUCAUCUUGAAUACACAGCAAUUGGUUUGGACUCCUGUCCUGAGCCACAAACUCCUAGCAGUGGAAUUAAGAUUGGAGACAGAUAUAUGGUUGGUGAUGUGGUAUCCUUCCAGUGUGAUCAAGGCUAUUCUCUUCAGGGUCACUCUCACAUUACAUGUAUGCCUGGACCAGUAAGAAGAUGGAAUUAUCCAAUUCCAAUUUGUUUGGCUCAAUGUGGUGGUGCUAUGUCAGAUUUCAGUGGUGUGAUCCUCAGUCCUGGAUUUCCUGGAAACUACCCCAGCAGUUUAGAUUGCACAUGGACAAUCAAGUUGCCCAUAGGUUUUGGUGUACACCUCCAGUUUGUAAAUUUUUCCACAGAAACUAUACAUGAUUACUUGGAAGUAAGAAGUGGAUCCUCAGAAACUAGUACUGUAAUUGGCAGGCUUAGUGGUCCUCAAAUACCAUCUUCCUUAUUCAGCACAACCCAUGAAACCAGCUUGUACUUUCAUAGUGACUAUUCACAAAACAAACAAGGGUUUCACAUUAUAUAUCAAGCUUAUCAAUUGCAAAGCUGUCCUGAUCCACGCCCAUUUCGAAAUGGUUUUGUGAUUGGCAAUGAUUUUACUGUGGGUCAAACCAUUUCAUUUGAAUGCUUCCCAGGAUACACACUAAUUGGAAAUUCAGCUCUCACAUGCCUUCAUGGAGUCAGUCGUAACUGGAAUCAUCAACUUCCAAGGUGUGAAGCUCUUUGUGGUGGGAAUAUAACUGCAAUGAAUGGCACUAUUUAUUCUCCUGGGUAUCCAGAUGAAUAUCCAAACUUUCAAGAUUGCUUCUGGCUUGUAAGAGUACCCCCUGGGAAUGGAAUCUACAUCAAUUUUACUGUCCUUCAAACAGAACCAAUCUAUGAUUUCAUUACUGUAUGGGAUGGACCUGACCAAAAUUCACCUCAAAUUGGGCAGUUCAGCGGAAACACUGCCUUGGAAUCAGUCUACAGCACUUCAAAUCAGAUCCUAAUCAAAUUCCACAGUGAUUUCACAACAAGUGGCUUUUUUGUGCUCAGUUAUCAUGCCUAUCAACUAAGAGUGUGCCAACCUCCACCACCCGUACCCAAUGCUGAAAUUUUGACUGAAGAUGAUGAAUUUGAAAUAGGUGAUAUUAUCAGGUACCAGUGUCUUCCAGGAUUUACAUUAGUUGGAAAUGCAAUUCUGACAUGUAGAUUAGGAGAGCGACUGCAGAUGGAUGGGGCACCUCCAGUUUGUCAAGUGCUUUGCCCUGCCAAUGAAUUACGACUAGAUUCUACGGGAGUCAUAUUGAGUCCUGGAUACCCUGAUAGUUACCCAAAUCUUCAAAUGUGUGCAUGGAGCAUUUCAGUGGAAAAAGGCUAUAAUAUCAGCAUGUUUGUUGAAUUCUUCCAGACAGAAAAGGAAUUUGAUGUUCUUCAGGUGUAUGAUGGACCAAAUAUUCAAAGUCCAGUUCUUAUUUCUCUCAGUGGAGAUUAUUCUUCUUCUUUUAAUAUAACAAGCAAUGGUCAUGAAGUAUUUCUUCAGUGGUCAGCAGACCAUGGCAAUAACAAAAAAGGCUUCAGGAUACGAUACAUAGCUUUCUACUGCAGUACACCAGAAUCCCCGCCUCACGGAUACAUUAUCAGUCAGACAGGUGGACAGCUUAACAGUGUGGUCCGCUGGGCCUGUGAUCGAGGAUUCCGACUUGUUGGGAAAAGCAGUGCUGUGUGCCGAAAGUCUUCCUAUGGGUAUCAUUCGUGGGAUGCACCGGUCCCUGCCUGUCAAGCAAUUUCCUGUGGAAUUCCUAAAGCUCCAACAAAUGGAGGGAUACUCACUACAGACUACUUGGUAGGAACCCGAGUUACCUAUUUUUGUAAUGAUGGAUAUAGAUUGUCAUCCAAAGAACUUACCACUGCUGUGUGCCAAUCAGAUGGAACAUGGAGCAAUCAUAAUAAGACUCCCCGCUGUGUUGUUGUUACAUGUCCAAGCAUCAAUUCCUUUACAUUGGAACAUGGAAGAUGGAGAAUUGUGAAUGGAUCACAUUAUGAGUACAAAACCAAAGUAGUUUUCAGUUGUGACCCUGGUUAUCAUGGACUAGGUCCUGCUUCUAUUGAAUGCCUUCCUAAUGGUACAUGGAGUUGGAGAAAUGAGAGACCAUAUUGCCAAAUUAUUUCCUGUGGAGAACUGCCUACACCUCCAAAUGGAAAUAAGAUUGGAACUCAAACUUCAUAUGGCUCAACAGCUAUCUUUACCUGCGAUUCAGGAUUCAUGCUUGUGGGAUCCACUGUACGGGAAUGCCUUUCCUCAGGUCUUUGGAGUGGAUCUGAAACCAGAUGCCUAGCGGGUCACUGUGGAAUUCCAGAACUCAUUGUGAAUGGUCAAGUCAUUGGGGAAAAUUAUGGAUACAGAGACACAGUUGUAUAUCAAUGUAAUCCUGGUUUUCGGUUGAUUGGUUCUUCAGUGAGGAUAUGUCAACAAGAUCACAAUUGGUCUGGUCAGCUCCCAUCCUGUGUGCCUGUUAGCUGUGGUCACCCUGGUAGUCCAAUAUAUGGAAGAACAAGUGGAAAUGGAUUUAACUUUAAUGAUGUGGUAACGUUCUCUUGCAAUAUUGGUUAUCUUAUGCAAGGACCAACAAAAGCCCAGUGCCAGGCCAACAGACAAUGGAGCCAUCCUCCACCUGUGUGCAAAGUGGUCAACUGUUCUGAUCCUGGAAUUCCAGCCAAUUCCAAAAGAGAAAGUAAAAUAGAACAUGGAAAUUUCACCUAUGGCACUGUAGUAUUCUAUGACUGCAAUCCAGGAUAUUUUUUAUUUGGAUCUUCAGUUUUGAUAUGUCAGCCAAAUGGACAGUGGGACAAACCUUUACCAGAAUGUAUCAUGAUUGACUGUGGACACCCUGGCGUUCCUCCUAAUGCUGUCCUGUCUGGCGAGAAGUAUACAUUUGGGUCUACUGUUCACUAUUCCUGCACAGGAAAGCAUUUCCUUCUAGGCCAGUCGUCAAGGACUUGCCAGUUAAAUGGCCAUUGGAGUGGAUCACAACCUCAUUGUUCAGGUGAUGCCACUGGUACUUGUGGGGAUCCGGGGACUCCUGGUCAUGGUUCAAGACAGGAAAGUGAUUUCAGAACUAAAAGUACUGUACGUUUUGCUUGUGAUACUGGUUAUACGCUUCAUGGCUCAGAAGAAAGAACAUGUUUAGCCAAUGGUAGUUGGACUGGAAGGCAGCCAGAAUGCAAAGCUAUACAGUGUGGCAACCCAGGAACAACAGCCAAUGGGAAAGUCUUUAGAAUUGAUGGCACAACAUUUUCCAGUUCAGUCAUUUAUUCCUGCAUGGAGGGAUAUAUCCUUUCUGGACCUUCAGUUAGACAGUGCACAGCCAAUGGAACAUGGUCUGGAGUUUUGCCUAACUGUACAAUUAUCAGUUGUGGAGACCCAGGCAUACCAGCCAAUGGAUUGAGAUAUGGUGAUGAUUAUGUGGUUGGACAAAAUGUUUCUUACAUGUGCCAGCCAGGCUAUACAAUGGAAUUAAAUGGUUCCAGAGUCAGGACUUGUACUACUAAUGGCACAUGGAGUGGAAUAAUGCCAACUUGUAGAGCUGUUACCUGCCCAACUCCACCACAGAUCUCUAAUGGAAGACUGGAAGGAACAAAUUUUGACUGGGGCUUCAGUAUUAGCUACAUCUGUUCUCCAGGAUAUGAACUUUCCUUUCCUGCUGUUUUGACCUGUGUAGGGAAUGGUACCUGGAGUGGAGAAGUACCUCAGUGCUUACCCAAGUUUUGUGGUGACCCUGGUAUACCUUCCCAAGGAAAACGAGAAGGCAAAAGCUUUAUAUACCAGUCAGAGGUUUCAUUCAGCUGCAAUUCUCCUUUCAUACUAGUGGGAUCAAGCACCAGGAUAUGUCAAGCCGAUGGCACGUGGAGUGGCUCAUCACCGCACUGUAUAGAACCCACUCGUACCUCAUGUGAAAACCCAGGAGUGCCACGGCAUGGAUCUCAGAACAAUACGUUUGGAUUUCAAGUAGGAAGUGUUGUACAGUUCCACUGCAAAAAAGGACACUUGCUCCAAGGAUCUACAACCCGCACUUGUCUCCCUGAUCUCACAUGGAGUGGGAUUCAGCCUGAAUGCAUUCCCCACAGCUGUAAACAACCAGAAACUCCUGCUCACACAAAUGUAGUAGGAAUGGACCUUCCAUCUCAUGGGUAUACACUAAUUUAUACCUGCCAGCCUGGCUUUUUCUUAGCAGGAGGAACAGAACACAGAGUGUGUAGAUCUGACAACACCUGGACUGGAAAAGUUCCUGUUUGUGAGGCUGGUUCCAAAAUACUGGUGAAAGAUCCUAGACCUGCACUGGGAACACCCAGCCCAAAGCUAAGUGUACCUGAUGAUGUGUUUGCACAAAAUUAUAUAUGGAAAGGCUCUUACAAUUUCAAAGGAAGGAAACAACCCAUGACCUUGACAGUGACUAGUUUCAAUGCUUCUACUGGGAGAGUUAAUGCUACCCUGAGCAAUAGCAACAUGGAACUUCUGCUUUCAGGUAUAUAUAAAAGCCAGGAAGCUCGGCUAAUGUUACACAUAUAUCUUAUUAAAGUACCAGCUCAUGCUUCUGUGAAGAAAAUGAAGGAGGAAAAUUGGGCCAUGGAUGGCUUUGUUUCUGCUGAGCCUGAUGGAGCUACUUAUGUAUUUCAAGGAUUUAUUCAAGGCAAAGAUUAUGGGCAAUUUGGACUACAAAGACUGGGACUAAAUAUGUCAGAAGGUUCAAAUUCUUCAAAUCAGCCUCAUGGUACAAAUAGUAGUUCUGUGGCCAUUGCUAUUCUUGUGCCUUUUUUUGCACUUAUAUUUGCAGGAUUUGGAUUUUAUCUUUAUAAACAAAGGACUGCACCCAAAACACAGUAUACAGGCUGCUCAGUUCAUGAAAACAACAAUGGCCAAGCAGCUUUUGAAAACCCCAUGUAUGACACCAAUGCCAAAUCAGUGGAGGGGAAGGCGGUACGAUUCGAUCCCAACUUGAACACGGUUUGCACAAUGGUAUAACGUGGCAACUCUUGGCCUUCUUCAGAAUCUUGGAAAUCAACACACAAAACAGUGCACAUUUAGUUCACUGCUAAACAAAGCACACUUUUCAGGACUUGCUGGGUCACCUUUUCCUGAGGAAUGAUACAGAAGAGUGUUUUUUCAUAAACUGGAUCAUAAUUCUUCUUCAUGUUUACCAUGGAGAGUUUUACAGAAAUUUCAGCUGCACUCUGAGAGUGCUUACUCACAGUUUAUUUGCUUUUUUUAAAAAGGAGAUUAUUCUAAAACAUAAACUUAUUUGCAUAUAUUGGAGGAGCAUCCACUAUCAGUAUUUCUGUGCUUUAUAAACUAUAUUAGAGGGACUGGGUUACAAAAAAAAAAAAGAUAUAGGGUAGAAAAUAAGAGCUAUACUUACAAGAGUCAAUAGAUCACUGACUUAACUGUCAUGAGCUCCAUCACACCCAUAAGUCUGUACUGCAUACCACAAUAUCCACUUCUCAUUCCUGUUAAUGGAGGCAUUGUUUUCCUUAUCUUCAUGGUUAUUUAAGAUUGAGUCAUGCCUUUAAAUGUUUAUGAGCUAAUUUAUGGCACAGGAGAGAUCAGGUUGUCCACAGGGAUUUGACCAUUUUUUGUUCUUUGAUAUCAUAUUGCUAUUGUUCUUUGAGACUGGUGGUCAUAGGUUUUUGCAGAUGGCAAGUUCCUUGUGCUACCUUCUCAAUUUCCUUUUUAUGGAAUAACGAGUUUUAUUCAGUGAGCCAUGGGGUAGUGUCUUCAGUGUUUUUUUGUCAAGAAACCAUUUUGACUGACAAAAAUUACCUAUGAAGAUGAUUAUUUUGUAGUUAUCGGAGAUUUCAAACUUAUUCCCAUUUUCUACCAACCUUUCCAAUGUUUUUGAAAGACCAAAUAGCAUCCACUAAUAAUCUCUUGUAUUUAAUUUAUGGUAUGUCUGCAUAUCCUUCCAGUCAAGCCUUUAAAUAUAACAUUUUGACACUUUUAAAUUUCUAACAAAGAGUUAGAAAUAUACUUUGUUGUUUUUUUAGCCCCUUAGCAUAAGAUUGAAGGAAAAGUCAAUCUUUCAAAUCAUCAAUAUAAAUUUGUUUCCUUAACUUGUGGAUUUAUCAAAUUUUCACAUAUUUUGAAAAUUUCUAUGCCCCCUUAUUCUUUAAAAAGCUGGUUUCAGAUACAAUAGGUUUCUUUCAUUGUCAGAUUGAGAUACGUCAUUGUAAGUUAUUGGUGGCUCAUAUACAGACUAUAUCAUAUAGCAAUGCCAGCAUUUUUAUUUAUUAGUUCAUUGUCUUCCUUUUUAGCAUGUUUAACUUCAUUGAAUAAAAUUGUGUACCCAGUGUGAACUCUCUGUUGUCCCUUUCAAAUAUGGACUACUCUGUGAAUGGUCUCAACUUUUUGUAUCAUGAGACAGAGUGCCUAAGAGAAACCAUUGCACCUGGGAGCCCUGCUUGGAUCUAUCUCUACAUUUAGUGAAUUUCUUGUAAACCACUUUGAGAUACAUUGUUUUGGAAAUUCAUACAAUUUUCUCAACAUUGUACUCUACUGACAGGAUGCGGUUUUAAAUUUUAUUCCAUCAGUUAUUUAUUCUUGUUUAUUCAAAUGACUGCAAUAACAAUGAUUCAUUCACUAAUGUUAAGGUUAAUACAUUUAAGAUCUUGUUUAAACAAUGUUUCUUCUGCAACUGGCUACUCCUCUUAUAUUAAUGCAUACACUUUUGUAAAGAAGUAUAUUUUUAUGAAAAAAAACUUUGUAAAAGUAUGAUGUAAAUUUUCAGUGCAAUGUAAACAAAAUAAA